AUGAGACUCAUCAUCAGAGACGACAAGGCCACUGCCUCAAAGUACAUUUCCGACUACAUCAUUCAUCGUAUCAAGUCCUACGAGCCAACGCCAGAGAAACCAUUCGUCCUCGGAUUGCCAACUGGAUCGUCUCCUGAAGGCAUAUACCGGAACCUAGUUCAGGCUCACAAGAAUGGCGAGAUAUCGUUCAGAAAUGUGGUCACGUUCAACAUGGACGAGUACAUCGGCAUCCCGCGAGAACACCCUGAGUCGUACCACUCCUUUAUGUACAAGCACUUCUUCAGCCACGUGGAUGUCGAUCCAGCAAACAUCAAUAUCCUGAACGGCAAUGCUCCUGAUCUCGAGGAAGAAUGCAUAGCAUACGAGGAGAAGAUCAAACGUGCAGGAGGCAUCGAGCUCUUCCUGGGUGGGAUAGGACCCGAUGGACAUAUCGCGUUCAACGAGCCUGGUUCCAGCUUGAAGAGCAGAACGAGGGUGAAAACGCUUGCCUACGACACGAUAAUCGCCAACUCGAGGUUCUUCGGCAAUGACCUGAACAACGUCCCAAAGAUGGCGCUCACUGUUGGUGUGCAGACGGUGCUGGAUGCACGAGAGGUUGUGAUCAUUAUCACUGGUGCACACAAGUCUCUUGCGUUGCAGAAGUGCAUCGAGGGUGGCGUGAACCAUAUGUGGACGCUGUCAAGCCUACAGCUCCAUUCGCACGCCAUGAUCGUGGUCGACGAGGAUGCCACGUUAGAGCUGCAGGUCAAGACCGUCAAGUACUUUAAAUCCAUCGAACAAGUCGCAACAUCCCAAGGUUUCGGUCAGUCCAUCGAGCCAGCAGCAAAGGUCCAACGAAAGCGCGACUCCGUCCUCGAAAAGCUCGACACUCCCCGAAGCCCAACAGCCAAAUCCUUCCUCGCCGGUCCCAGACCUGACCUCACCCGCCAGAUCACAGCCGAGCCCGAGUCCACCACCCUCUCAGCUCCGCGGCCAGAGAUCUUACGCGCCGUUACGCCAGACUUGAUCCCAGACUCCAUGCACGAGAGACUGCCAGCGGCACAAGUGGCUAACGGGCUGGACGGGCUCGAAGUGAAGGAGCUGCCACUGUCUUCGAUGCACGAACGCGUCGACUCCGCGCAGGUGGCGUAG